AUGCCCGUGACAAGUGCUUAUCUUGAUGCGUAUAAUACAAAUAUUGAUCGAAUGAAUACUUGUAUUAUGUCAGCUGUUUACUCGCCAGAUAAUACACGAUUAAUAGUCGGUGAUGAUCAAGGUCGUUUAGGAUUAUUUUAUUCUUCACCUCAAAUAUCAUCAAAACCAAUAUUGCUCACAAAUUUAUUUAAUUCAUAUAAUACACAGACGAAUUCUCGGACGCUUAAUAAUAAUAAUAAUAAUAAUAAUAAUAAUAAUAAUAAUAAUACUAUUUCACUUGCAUCGACAAUGAGUGAAAUUUUAAUUGCUGUUGGUGGUAGUAUUCAAAAUGGGCUUGUACAAGGUUAUCGUUGGUCGGAUAUAAUGUCAAAUAAGAAAACACCACAAUUACCAUCGGAUGUACUUUCAUUUGAUCUUGCACGUGGGCCCAAUGAAGUAUUUGUUUGUGUUCAAGCACCAUCAAAAAGACAGCAAUCAAAACCAGAUGAAAUUAUUGUUGGAUCGAGUAUUGGAACAUUAAGAGUAUUAAAUAUUGAACGGCACACACUAGUCACAACUAUUGAUGCAGCUCAUAGAGGAACGAUACAUCAAGUAGCAUUUGCUAAUGAUGGAAAGCGUGUUGCAUCAUGUUCUGAAGAUGGAACAUGUAAAAUAUGGGAUUUAUCAUCAUCGCAUCAACCUAUUCACACGAUUGAAACAAAUAAGUGGAUCAGUAGUUGUGCAUUUGAUUUAGCUACAGACCGUCUUGUUAUUGGAGGUGAUUGUCCAUUGUCACUUUGGCAUUUAGCUAUGCUAAGUUCAUCGCCAUCAAAACAAAAGCCAUUACUUGUCUAUAAUUCCAUUCCGACACCCAUUUAUUCAAUAGCAUUAUGUUCUGUUGAUGAUGAUACCAUACUUGUUGGUGGAGAUACAAAUAAAUUAUAUUCAAUACCAAAAAACGGUGAUGAGCAAACGAUGACAAUAAGCCGUCCAACGACACCGUCGCCUAUUUAUACGAUUGCUACAACAACAAAUAAAAAUUUGCCAAAAGACAAUGAAGAAGUUAAAGUUGCUGUGGCUGGUAGCCAUUGGCAAAUUGAUUCAUUUACAAUCUCAGAAACAAAUAUUCGAAAAACUGGACAUUAUGAAUUUUCAAAAUGA